AAAUGUCAAGUUCUAGUUUCAUAUUUUGAAUUCUUUGGAAGUUUUAAAUAAACAUCAUAAAAUGUUAUCCUUACAAUGCCAGAGCAUUUCGAAUUGGAUUUUGAAAUUUCCGAAAUAUCAUAAAACAAUUAUUGCUAAAAACAAAUUUUGGACAUUUGGCUCGAAUCCAAUACAUACGUUUGAACGAAUUUCAACUAAGGAAAUAUUGAAUAUUCCAAAAAGUGUUACAUCAAUUCAGUGCAAAUUUUUGAGCAAAAUGAGUUCUAGUGGAGCACAAAAAUCUGAAUAUUUAAAAGCACCAAAAAUCAAAUUAAAUAAUGGUUUGGAGAUGCCGGUUUUUGGUCUUGGUACGUACAAGAGUUUGGAAAAUGAAGGAGAAGAAGCUGUAAAAUAUGCCAUAGAUUUAGGAUACCGACAUAUCGAUACAGCAUUCUUUUAUGAAAAUGAAGGAGAAGUUGGUAAAGCAGUCCAACAAAAAAUUGCUGAGAAUGUUAUAAAAAGGGAGGAUAUAUUUAUAGUAACAAAGUUGUGGUGUACAUUCCAUGAACCACAAAGAGUUGAAUAUGCCUGCAAAAAAUCAUUAGAGAAUCUUGGAUUAGAUUAUAUCGAUCUUUAUCUAAUGCAUUUGCCAGUUGGUUACGUUUAUAUAGAUGAUAAAACUUUACUCCCUAAGGAUGAUAACAAUAAAUUAAUGCUAAAUGAUGUGGAUUACUUAGAUACUUGGAAAGCUAUGGAAGAUUUAGUUAGAAAAGGUUAUGUUAAAUCAAUAGGGAUAUCAAACUUCAAUAGCGAACAGAUUGAAAGACUACUUAAGAAUUGUGAAAUCAAACCAGUUACCAACCAAGUUGAAUGUUGCCCUACAUUGAAUCAAAAGAAAUUGAUAAAGUUUUGUUUGGAACGUGAUAUAACAUUAACUGCUUAUUGUCCACUAGGUAGACCAAGACCUGAUGAAAAAAAACCAGAUUUUUUGUAUUCGGAAGAUACUUUAAAUAUAGCUAAAAAGUAUAAUAAAACACCAGCCCAAAUCAUUUUAAGAUAUCUAAUUGAUAUUGGCACCAUUCCAAUACCGAAAUCAUCUAAUAAAGGAAGAAUAUUAGAAAAUUUUGAUAUAUUUGAUUUUAAAUUAAAUGAUGAUGAUAUUAAAAUAAUUGAUAAAUUUAAUACUGGAGAACGUUUGGUUCCAUUUGAUUUAAUAAAAGGGCAAAAUCAUAAAUAUUUUCCAUUUAAUAUUGAAUUUUAAAAAUUCGUAGAAAAAUUUUGUUUUUAUAGAAAUGUUAAAAUCAAAG